AUGUCAGACAACAUAGAUGAGGACAAAAAACGAGACGAGAAGGUCUAUGGAGGAAUUGAGGAUGGUCAUGAAUUUAUUGUCAAAAGAGACCACGCUCUCACUUCUGGAACUAUCAAAGCCAUGUUGAGCGGCCCUGUGCCCUAUACAAACUCAUCCACGGAAAUCCCAGAGUUCCCGAUCGCCCCAGAAAUAGCAUUGGAACUACUCAUGGCUGCAAAUUUUGAUUGCUAA